UGUGUGCGCCAUCGAAAUCCUGCCGACUAGAAACCUGCUCACGAAUUGAACCUUUGAUUUCCUUUUCUUGGUUUCUCUCAGCUCGCUUUAGCAGUUUUGUAGGUAAAAUGUCUGAGACCUUGUUGCACUGGUGUGUGGACCAAUUACACCUGAAAUUUGGCUUGGAGGCAAGUGAAGACAUUGUCCAGUACAUUCUCUCCAUCGAAAAACCUGAGGAGAUUGAAGAGUAUGUGGGUGACCUUCUGCAGGGCAGUGAUGGAGAAAAAGGUCAGUUUAUAGAUGAGCUCCUAAGCAGAUGGAAGAGAAGUCGAAGACAGAGUGCGGAUACAGCUGGUCUUUUCCUUCUUAAAGAACCUGCUUCACCAACUGAAAUGCAAGACACCAUCAAAGAUACCCAGAAGAAGUCCAAACGUAAAGGGCGAAACAAGCAGGAAGUGAUGACUUUGAGCCGAACAGAGCCAGAACCUGAGCCAGUCAAAACCCCCAUGGAUUUGAUGAGGGCCCAGGAAAACAGUAGCUUUUCAUCAACUAAGAAGAAAACCAAGUUUGUCAGUCUGUACGCUAAGGAGGGUCAGGACAAGCUGGCCGUUUUACUCCCAGGUCGGAACGCCUGUGAGUGCCUCGGCCAAAAGCACGCACUCAUCAACAACUGCAUCAGCUGUGGGCGUAUUGUGUGUGAGCAGGAAGGCUCUGGUCCCUGCCUCUUCUGUGGGAGCUUGGUUUGCACUAAAGAGGAGCAGGAGAUUCUACAGCGAGACUCCAACAAAAGUCAGAAACUCAGAAAGAAGCUUAUGGGAGAUGUUGGAGAAAGAGAGCUUCUUCCACAUCAGGAAGCCAAGAUGAAAGCUGGGUUGGAGAAAGCAGUUCAGCACAAAGACAAACUGCUUGAAUAUGACAGGAACAGCGUCAGGAGGACGCAGGUUCUGGAUGAUGAGUCUGAUUACUUUGCUGCUGAAUCCAAUCAGUGGCUGUCCCCCAAUGAGAGAGAGAAGCUGAGGAAAAUGGAAGAAGAUAUGCGUGAACUUCGCCACGCCUCUCGCAAGGACCAGAAGAUCACUCUGGAUUUCGCUGGUAGACAAGUGAUUGAUGAGGGAAACAAUCUGAAUGAGUAUUACAACAAGUUGGAUGAGACUCUCAAGGCUAUGAGCAGUGGGUCAACAUCACAGUCUCCAGGAUAUUCUGAAAGUAAAGGUGGAAAACAGAACCUCAGAGAGCUGGUCAACCCAAACAUUAUGCAGUCUGCACCACAAUGGGUGGACAUUGGAGGCAGGGAACAACAAAAGCAACCCAUUGAGCAGAGGAAAAGUUUGACGAAGCAGAAAGGAGGAGAAGAGCGCUACAAGUUGCGGCUCCAAGACAAAGAGCUGCAGGAGAUAUCUGAUGGAGGCUGGUGUCUCAGUAUGCAUCAGCCGUGGGCAUCACUGCUGGUCAAAGGCAUCAAGAGGGUAGAAGGACGGACCUGGUACACGUCACACAGAGGUCGUCUUUGGAUAGCUGCAGCAGCCAAAAAGCCCACACCUCAGGAGAUUGCUGAGGUGGAACAAAUGUACCGCCACAUCUACAAGAAAGAGCCAAAGUUUCCCAUAGACUAUCCCACUGGAUGCCUUCUGGGUUGUGUAAACGUGACCGAGUGCCUGUCUCAGGACCAGUUUACACAACAGAGGGCCACCGCAGGAGGUGAAGUCAUAAGCAUGGCUGGGAAAGUGGAACUGGCAGAAGUGAGGAACUCUGUGUGAAUCUUACUGCAAAGACACAUGACUUCACAACACCUGUCAGCACGAGUGCUGACUAAAUAGUCUAAUGUGUGGAUUGCUCUUUAACAACACUGUUUCUCCUGGGCUAAGUUGUUAUGCACAUCAAGCACAAGGGUUUAAAUUAAACCUAAUUUUCGUCGGCUUUUUUCUUGAAGGGAGCAGUGGCAACUUAACCAUAUUUUGAAAGCAGACAACAAUAAUUCAUGAGCUGCUGACAUGUGAAUUUGUUCUUGAACUAAAUAUACUAUUGUACAAGUAUAACAGAGGUGGUUAAUAUAUUUAAAUGUUAGAAUUCUAGAUGCUUAAUUGUAAGUGUCACACUAUGAAUUGUAGAAAAUAAAGGACUUUGACUUUA